UAGCCGUAUGUUAAUUUUAGCAUAACAAUAUUCAAAGUCAUAAGAGUAAACAAACUUGCAUUAAAAUGAAUGACCUUUAUUUUUGCCGUUUCGACUGGGGACAAAUAAAACAAUGCCGCACUACCUUUCCUUCGUUUUAGGUUUUGGGGAGACCUAUAAAAACCUGUCUUUCCCUAUCGGGGGGUGAUGAAAAUAUGUAACUCUUCCACGAAUGCAUAUUUAGUAGUACUAAUCGUUCCAUAUAAAAUGGUUAUCAACACAUUCUGUGAGUUGAAGGAAACACUAAAUAGUAGUAGAUAUACGAGACAUAUUAGGAGUAGGUAGGUAUGUCAUUCUCAAUUAAGUCGAUGAUAUAAUACCGUCUGACACAAAGGUUAUUUUUAAAUUAGCAGAUAACCUUUUGCAUUAUCCAGUAAAUAAUGAACAAAUUUAAACAGUUUACGCAUUGACCAAACACAGUUAACAUCGAUUGCAGUUAACUGUCAACGUUCAAAUAUAAAUAAAGAUAUUUUAACAAUUUCUACUUUUUGCGGUCAUUAAUAUUUCAUUAAUAACAAAUCAAAUAUAUUAAAAAGUUUAAAGAUCUAAUGUCAUUUGAAUAUUGCGCCAAAAUAACGGUGACGUCAAAAAUGGCGGACAACGGUGAUGUGUUCAAAAAAUCGUUUAAUGGAAAAUGCACACUAGGAUUAAAUAAGAGAGCAAAGGGCUCCAUUGCGAAGAAAGCCGAAGCAUAUUUGCAAGCUGUCAGUCAAAGUCAAGGCCCACAAAAAGUGACUGUCGCAGAAAAGAAACCGGCGAUUAAGCUGGAGGCUGUGUCCAGGGUGGCGGCGAUACCCAUCGUGGGCUCCGGUAUCGAGGUCACAGAAAAGAUUUACCACAGGAUCAAAGAGUCGAACCCCCUGUUCCGCUGGUAUCUCUCGCUGGGGGAGCGCUCGCUGGCGGCGGGCGCGCAUCUGGCACUGCCUGCGGUGCUGCUGCUGGAAACGCCCAUCCACCAGCUGGACCGCUUCCUGUGCCGUAGCCUCGACCUGGUCGGCGAGCACGUGCCCAGCAUCUACCUGCCACCGCAAGACAUGUAUUCAGAGACGCGUCGGUUCGUGCUGAAGCGCGCCGAUUCGGUGAAGCAGCUCGGCACCGCAGUGCUGGACUCGCGCGUCACCGCCGUCACCGCCACCGCGCUCGACCGUGCUCUCACCACCGCCGACAAGUACGUCGACAUGUACCUGCCGCCCGACAAACAGGACACCGCUGACGUAAUGAUUAUAGUGACGAGCGCUGACGCGGUCGACGGCGGGUCGUGCGAGGGUGGCCGCGCGUGCGCAGCACAGGCCGUGCAGCACGGCGCGCGCCUCAGCAGGAAGCUGCAACGACGCCUCACCAGGCAGGCGCUCGCCGAAGCUAAAGCAAUCAAGGAACAAAUACACGUGCUGGCCUACGUUGCUGAACUGGUGGCAACAGACCCGGUGCUCGCUUGGAAGAAGGCCAAGGAGCUGUACACGUCGCUCAGUCAGCCGGAGCCCGAGAACCAGGCGCGGCCCGCUACUGUGGAGGAGCUGCUAGUGUUGCUGGCGCGCGAGACCGCCAGGAAGAUGGUGCACCUCAUCAACUAUACGCACACGGACUUGCCGAGGAACUUACGCGAAGGCUUCAAUUUGAUCACCAGAAAUUUAUCGGCAGCAGCUGACUCCCUACUUAAGACGCUACCCGUGGAGACAGCGAUCGCAGAGGUGAAAGGAUGGCGCAGCAAACUGGCAGCUCUCCUGCAGCAGCUGAAGCAGACCUCGCACACUUACUUGGAGCAUCUAGCGGUCUUCCUGGCGGGUAACGAAGAGAGAGAGAAGAUCGCCCCACGCUCUUCGUACGAGCAACGAGACGACCUCGCUGCCAUAAACGGCGUCAACUAAACUUUAUUUACACUACUCAUUUCCCUGCUCAAUACUUUGACAGUCAACUGGUACAACAUAACGCUUCUGGACUUUGAUAAAUAGGAGCUCCCCGUAGCUUGAGCAGCUUUUGAGCAAGCGCCUUAUUAGUUAAGGGGAUGGGGUAAGCCGCAGCGCAGCAAUUUAUUUUAUUUAUAUAUUAGUGGGGGUAUGGGUAAGCAAGUAAGCAACACGAGGAGAUGCGUCGAGCGUUUGUGCGUAUUCAAUGAAUACUGCUCGCUAUCAAAUGUGUAUCUAUGUCACUGUCAAAUGUGUAUUGAUUUUUAGUUCUCGUUACUCCCGUUAUGGCGCUGCUGUUGAAAUUUCCUUGCAAAAUGAGACAAUGACAUUUCACACUCGCAUACUAUUCGAAUUUGAUAUUGGUUCGUGCUAAGGGUAUUGAAUACGUGUCUGUGGCACUUGGGGGUAAUCGAAGGGCAAUGAUUUGGGCAUCCUGCGAGGGUCUAUUACAUAUCACUUCGAUUAUUUUUCUGUGUCUUAAAAUUUUUAACGGUGUUCAUAUACAUAUAUUUUGAAGUUCAGAAGCGUUUUUAUUAAUAGCAGAGGUUGAAAAGUAAUUUUUAAUAUUUUUUUUUAAAUUUCGUAGUGUUUUUUAUGGUAGUGUUAUUUAUUAAACUAAUUUGUAUAUUUGAUUGUCGAAAGUACAAAUUUUCACUAAAUUAAUAUGAUUACGGAUUAAGUUAAAUUAUCUAGGCAGAUAGUUUGUAAGUUAUUGAUUGAUUUUGAAAUUAUAAAUAAACGCAUGAGCCAGCUUAAGCAUCGCGACAUAAUAUAUAACGCGUUUUUAUCACGCUCAAUUGUCAAAAUUACUAUGAAGUUUGACAGUUAGACGCGAUAAAAACGUGAUAUAAUGUAAAUUGUGGUGCUUAUGCUACGGGGACUAAAGUAUCAAUUUUAAUGGAUUAUUUUAUUGUGAUUUUAUCGAUGUUAAUUAUUAUUAUUAUAUUAUUGUUUUUUUGUGAAUUAUUUAAUAAGUGUAGGGUCACAGUUUUGAAUACAAUAAAUUGUUUACCCUUUUUAAGUAGAUUGUGUAAAACUGUCGUACAAUAAAAUCAUUAUUAUAAAAAGAUGAAUUUUGUUUCAGUAAGUAUUAAGGCAUCUAUCUAACGUAACUGAGUCUAUGUAUAGUGUGUUUCAUCAAAUAGUUCCUAUGCCGUCAUGUUGGCAUUCCUGUCUGUCAACGUGUCAUCACCAAUCACGUUAUGACAUCUCUCCUGGUUAACUU